GGGCGGCCGCGGGGCCGGCGCCGGCCGGGAGGCAGGAUGGAGCCGGAGCGUGCCCGCGGCACGGCGCUGAGCCGCCCGCCGCCCCCCCGCCCGCCGAGCCCCCGCGGCGGCCCCGAGCCGCCCGCCGCCGGCGACGCCGCCAAGCCGCCCUACAGCUACAUCGCCCUCAUCACCAUGGCCAUCCAGAGCACGCCGGAGAAGCGCAUCACGCUCAGCGGCAUCUACCGCUACAUCAUGGGCCGCUUCGCCUUCUACCGCGACAACAAGCAGGGCUGGCAGAACAGCAUCCGCCACAACCUCUCGCUCAACGAGUGCUUCGUCAAGGUGCCGCGCGGCGACAAGAAGCCCGGCAAGGGCAACUACUGGACGCUCGACCCCGACUGCUACAACAUGUUCGAGAACGGCAGCUUCUUGCGCCGGCGCCGGCGCUUCACCAGGAAGCGGGGCCCGCGGGAAGCGCCGGAGGGCGACGCGGGCCGCGGGAAGGCGCCGCGGGCGCCGCGCUCCCGGGGGCCGCCCGCCGCCCCGCCGCCGGAGCCGGCCCCGGCCGACGGUGGCCAGCCCUCGCCGGCGGCCGCGGGGCGGCUGCUGAGCCCCGACGAGCUCGCCGGCGGCGCCCGGCCCGGCCAGCUGCCGCCCCGCGCCCGGCCGCCCUGCCUGUACCCGCCGCCCCCGGGCGCCCGGCCGCCGGCGCCCCCCCAGCCCGCCGAGACUGCUUUCGGGGGGCUGCCGCUGCCCCGGCCAGGUCAGUACGCGCUGCCCGGCGCGCGCCCGGCCCCGCGCCCCGCGCUGCUGCCGGCCGAGCCGCGGGAGCCGGCGCCGGCCUCCCCGCCGCCCCCCGCCGCCGCCCCCCCGGGCAAGGGGCCGCCGGCGGCCGCCCUGGGGCCGGCGCAGCCCUUGGCGCCCGCCACCUUCCCGGCGCCGCUGCUGGGCACUGGCAAGCCGCCCCCGUCCUGCUUCCUCGACGGCGAGGGCUACGCGGCGCCGGCGCUGCCGGUGCUGGGCGCGCUGGGCUGCGCCGGGCCCGAGGCGCUGGGCGGCAGCUACCAGUGCCGGCUGCAGGCGCUGAGCUUCCGCGUGAACGAGCCGUGCGGCGCGGCGCUGGAGCAGCUGCUGGCCGCGGCGCCCGCCCCAGCCCCCCCCGGCACCGCCGAGCCCCGGGAGCCCUGGCCGGGGGGGGCCGGGGGGCUGCCGGGCGGCGGCGGGUACCCGCUGGGGCUGCCCCCCUGCCUCUACCGCGGCCCCGGCGUGUUCUUCUUCGAGUGAGGGACUGGGCGCCCGCGCGCUGCCCCCGCCGCCGGGCCGCCCAAUAAAGCUCGUGUGCCAA